CGCCUGCAAUAAAUCUGCACUUCUUGAGAUACCUUUCGAGUCUGAAUCGGAAAUCCUCCCAUCCGAAGUUCCUCUCUAAAGUUGGCAGAACUAUGAGCAUGAGCUCCUCAUCACCGAUCCCCACACGGCGGACGCUCGCCAUCAAGCGGCACGCAGAUAUCGUGAACGUCCCAAAAUGGAAGGAGAAGGAGAUGGCAUCCCUGCGCAACGGGCCGCGUGCUACGUUUUACAUGAACAACGGCGACCGUUAUAUAGGCGACUGGAAGUCUGGGAAAAAAGAUGGAAACGGGACAUACUUCUACACAGUCAGCGGGGCCGUCUAUCAAGGCGAAUGGUCCGAUGACCAGCGGUCUGGUUAUGGCACCUAUUCCAUCCCCGUCGGUCCGUCCUCAUCCACCUCAAUGAAUACCGCCAUGCCCGACCAGCGCCGCUCGCCCGACCUCCCACUCCUGCCAUCCCUCCAAUCUCUAAAAGGCAAAAGCCCACCUGCCUCUGGCAAACACCGAAGACCCACACCCGACGCCCAACUCCGCAAAGUCUACGCCGGCGAGUGGCUCUACGACGUGCGCCACGGUCGCGGCACCUGUUUCUACGACGACGGAAGCGCGUACGAUGGCAUGUGGGAAGGCGACGUGCGGCAGGGGUGGGGCCGGAUGACCUAUGCCUCCGACAAGAGCGUAUAUGAAGGCGAGUGGCAUCAGGGGCAGAGGCAUGGGCAGGGGGUGCUGUUGUUGGCAAAUGGAGAUCGGUAUGAGGGGACGUAUUUCAAUGAUUUGAAGGAAGGACCGGGCAAGUUUAUCUAUAGACGGAAGAGGCAGGCCUACGAAGGCGAGUGGGCGCUGGAUAUGCCAAAGUGCGGGACGUUGAGGGAUCUGCCGGCGCUUGUGGGACCAGAAGGGAAAGGCCCAGGUGCCCGUGCUUGGUGGCCAAUACCACCGCUCACACUGAAGGAUUCGCAAAGCGUCAUCGCAAUGGAGCGCCGGGCAAUCUUGGAGGAGCGCCUGCAAAGGGUUAUGUUCAAUAAUGAAUCCCAGCAGUACCCAGCUGAUGUGUACGGACAUGAAUGA